UCCUUUCAUUCACUUUCCUUCCUUUUCCGUCCCUGAUUCCAUCCCUAUAAUUAAAUAUGUUGAUCGAAGAAGAAGAAGAAGAAGGAGGUCAGGGAGGUAGAAGAUGUUUUAUUCGCAGACGUUUCUGGCCAAGAAGGGCCCACUCGGGACAGUGUGGUGUGCUGCUCACCUACAGCAUCGCCUCAAGAAGUCUCACUAUACUUCCACCGAUAUCUCCUCCACCGUUGAUCGCAUCAUGUUCCCAGAAGUUCCCAUCGCGCUGAGAAUGUCUGGCCACCUGCUGUUAGGUGUUGUUCGGAUAUAUUCAAAGAAAGUUGAUUAUCUUUACCAUGAUUGCAAUGUCAUUCUUAUUGGCUUAAGUAAGGCCUUCACUUCCACAGAAGUUAAUUUGCCAGAGAAUGCCACAACAGCAAAAUUUGAAUCUGUUACUUUGCCACAAACAUUUGACCUUGAUGCCUUGGAUGUGGACUUGGACAUAUAUCCUGAUGGGUCUCCGGAUAAUCAUGUUAGGAGUCAGGAGGAAAUAACACUUCAAGAUCAAAUUCCUACUGGCAGGGAUCCUUAUGUUGUUGUAAAUUUUGAUGAGGAUAUCAUGAUGGAUACAUUACCACCAGAACAAGAUAUUGAUUCAGGGGUCAGGCCAAUGGAUAAGGAUGAUAUGGGUUCUCCACAUGCCAGCCCUAUUAAUCAGAUGCAAGUACCUACAGAAACUGUUGAUCUUCAAGAUCCAGGUCCAAGUAAUCAUACAGAAGAGCCGAUGGACACUGUUGAUAUUCCACAACCAGGUCUAAGCAACCAGACAGAAUUACAGACUGAAACUUUGGAUUUUCAAGCUCCAGGUCCGAGCAACCAGACAGAAUUACAGACUGACACUCUGGAUACUCAAGAUCGUGGUUUGAGCAACCAGACGGAGGUUCUUAAUUCAGUGCUUAAUGAUGGCAAUUCCCCUCCAGAAAUUGAAGUUAUGCGUGAUCCUGGUUUUAGCUCAGAAAACCUUCCUGCAAUGUUUCCAGGUUAUCAAAAUGAUGCAUCUGAACCAAAAAAAUCUUUAGGUCAAGGUUUGGAUCAGAAGGAAAUUCCUUCUCCAUUUAAGGAAGAUGCAUUGCUAUCUGGCGGGCGGUCUUCACCAUUUCUGCAAUGUCCAGAGCCCUUCAAUUCUGCUGCUUCACAAGAGGCACCCGAAGUCUUUGAUACUCGUAUUCCAUUUGGGAACACAUCACCUGAACUUGCCUUGCGUUCAACUCCACCUGUUCAGCAGCCAAGACCAAGGCCGAGAAAGAGAAAGCAUUUCUUUGAUGAGGCCACGGUGUUAACUAAUAAGUUUAUGAAGAAGGCACUAGAAAAUUCUAGUGAUAUAUCAAGGAAGAGAAGGGAAAUCCCUUCCACUGCUUUGGCCAUUUGGAAAUUGAACAACACUUUAAGAAAGGAACAAGUCUUUUACGAGCCUUCAUUAACUGGGUCUUCUGCUGAUAUAUGCAAUCUUUUAAAUAAGGACUUCAUUUCUACAAAACCUCACUUGAAUCUUGAAAGGGAAGCCAGUCCAGAUCCUAGGAUUGCAACCUCUCCUGCUCCUCCAACAGAAGUGAUUCCAGAAUCUAGGGAUGCAACUUCUCCUGCUUCAGCUACAGAAGUGAUCCCAGAGCCUUGGAAUGCAACUUCUGCCCCUGCAACUGAACACAUUCAAGGGUCUACAGUUGCACAAUCUCCUGCACCAGAAGCUGAACCUGAUCCAGAAAUUGAAUGUCUUCGGCAUCAUGAAGGCCAUGAUGCCAAUACUAUGUUGCCAGAACUACUCCCUUCUCAAGCCAGAGAUAUGACUUCUCCAGGAAGAUUUGUUUCUUCUCCUUUUAGAAGAGAUGACUUCACUCCCAGCUCAGCAAGAAGUUUAGAAUCAGAAAAAUUUCCUUGGGCUGGAACGAGUACUGGAACCAAAACGUCGCCUACACCAGAUGUUGCAGCAUCCACUGGCACUUACACUACUGAGCUGGAAACACCUAGGACAUUUUUGGAGGAGCAAUUUGAUAUGGGGCACACCGGACUUUCUGAUAUUCCUGAGUCAUUUAACACUGCCGAAACAGAGGACCUUCAUUUUCUUGAAGCUGAUAAUUCACCAGCUGGAUCUCAAGGCACUCAAGGCCAAUAUUCACUGUCUGUCAGAACAAGGGCUGUGGCUCAAUAUUUAAAAGGAUUUUCCCCAACCACUCCAGUAUCAGAAGACUACUCUGGAGAUCUGAGUCUCAACAAGAUUUUACAAGGAAAAACUAGAAAGUUAUGUGCUCGGAUGUUCUUUGAAACACUUGUUUUGAAGAGUUAUGGACUUAUUGAUGUACGACAGGAUCAACCAUUCGGUGAUAUUGGUUUGAAGCUGACUUCUACAUUCUCAAAGGUCCAAAUAUGAGGUUCACAUAAACUUGGUUGAUGGAUUUUGGAGUCAUUAUGUACAUAGUUGGGUCGCCAAGCAAAAAGAUGAUUAGGAAAUAAUAUGAGAAGGGGAACCAUGCAGCUGCAGUAAUUUGAAUGUGGAAGUUUUGUGACAUUUACUAGUCCACAUCCAAGUUCAUAGUCAGAUAAGAUUUAGUCUAUUAUAAGAAGAUAUUCACAAUGCCUAUCAUUAUAAACCAUGAGGUGGCUCUAAUUUAUUGUAAUUAGCUCCUCAGUUAUGGCCAUAAAAUAUUGUAAUUAGCGAACCAAUAUUUUGUCAUUUUUAUUUAUCUUUUUGCUGGUAAUGGAGGCUAUAGGCAUCUCAAAAAGUUAGCAAGUAGGUUCUGAUACUGAGUUGAUAAGCUGGAAUUAGGAGCAAUUUUUGGUAGGAAUACUGUUUAUAAAUGGAAGAAUCCAACAGUUUGUUCGCUUUGUUA